AUGGCAGGUAAAAGAAACAUGGCGGGCGGGAAGGCUGGCAAGGAUUCUAAACCUAGAGAGCAAGCCAUGUCCAGAUCUAUGCGAGCGGGUCUCCAGUUCCCUGUGGGCCGUAUUCACAGGUACAUGAAAUCUCAGACGACGAGGCGAGGGCGAGUUGGGGCUACUUCUGCAGUUUACAGCGCCGCUAUCUUAGAAUACCUGACAGCUGAGGUGCUGGAAUUGGCGGGAAAUGCCUCCAAAGAUCUGAAAGUCAAGAGGAUUACCCCCAGACAUUUACAGCUUGCCAUCAGGGGUGACGAAGAAUUGGACACACUGAUUCGAGCAACUAUCGCUGGCGGUGGUGUAAUUCCUCACAUUCACAAGUCCCUGAUCGGAAAGAAGGAGCAAUCUCAGAAAUCUUCCUAAGCAGGCCAUCUUCCUCCUUCCAACAAACCUGAUGGUGUGAUUGUUACAGCAGCAUGAACAGUACCAAGUCUACAGCUGUUACAACCAAAAUCAGUUAGCCAAAAUCAAAUGAUAAAAUGUCGACGAAUUGUUUGUUUUGAGUUAUAACCGUUCAUUGUAUGUCUGCCGAAACAGCGUAUUUUAUCCAUCUUAAAACCUGACUAUGCGAAUUUUACGAGUUUGUUCGGGCUCAACGAAGCUCAACAGUUUUCUGCCUUUCUAUGGCUUGUAUCGAGAUUACGAAGAUCUGUUUACAGUUUUGCUAGUUCCUUUAUAAUCGUGUUAGACGUGAAUGGAGAAUUUAACCAUUUCGUCUCCAGUUGUCUAAAAUGAAUUAUUGGAUCUAUUCGAAUUAUCUAUCUUAACAAUAAGACUUAUUAGUUAUCAUUAUUCUGUUGUAUAUCAUUAAGUCUCCGACUUAAAUUGUUUAAAUAAUGUUAAUUAUGAGAUGCUUGAA